UUUAUUUUACUAUGUGUGGAAAUCUAGAUUUCCCAGAACCAUUUGUUGACGAUCCUGUGUUUUCUUCAAUGUAGAUAUUGGUCCUGAGUAGGAAUCAGGUAGCUGUAUAUGUGUGGACUUGUAUCAGAGUCGUCUCUUGCUUCCACUGAUCCCACAUCUGCAUUUUAUGUAUGUGAGUACACUGUUGCUCUCUUCAGACAAACCAGAAGAGGGCAUUAGAUCCUAUUACAGACGGUUGUGGGUCACCAGGUGGUUGCUGGGAAUUGAACUCAGGGCCUCUGGAAGAGCAGUCAGUGCUCUUAAACCACUGAGCCAUCUUUCCAGCCCAUGAAAUAAAUCUUAAAAAAAAAAUAAAAGAAAAGAAAGCCCAGGCUAGCCUCAAAUAUCAGUGUGUAGUGUAGUCAAGGCUAGCCAUAAACACUUGAUCCUCCUGAUUCUGCACACCCCACCCCCAAGUGCUGGGAUUACAGGCACACUCUACCGUGCCUGGGACAACUCCACAAUACCUUUUCUCUGUAUCUCUCAAGUGGAUUGUCCCAAUAAUCCCCAACAUGGAAGUCUAGCAGGACUUUUUUCUACAAAUCUAGGGUCUCAUGCAUACUAGGCAAAUGCACUACCUGAAGUAUAACCUCAUCCUUCACUUUCCAGACAAGGCCUGUGACCCAGGCUGCCUUUGAUCUUGUUGUUGACUAAGGCAGCCUUGGACUUGCAAUCCUCCUGCAUCAGCCUACUGAGUAGCUAGGUUAAGACUCUACUGUAUCUGUAUACAUGCAGUUUGUUUUAGUGAACUCCUAAGACACAGCUAACAACGAGGGUAUCUUGGAUCUGAUGACCCUCUGUGACAUAUCCAUCAAUUAAUAUACCUCUACCUGCAGCCCUCCCCACCUCUGCUGACCAAGCUUCCACUAGCACCACAGCAGACACACACAGUUGGCAGUUCAGUUUCUUGACACUUCCACCACUCUCCAGUGGGAACCAGUUGAGCUGUGCAGUGUCAGAGAGCUCUCGUUCCAUGUGUUACUUAUGUGUCACCAGCUACUAUCUUCAGGCCCAAUAAUAGUCAGUAGUAAACCUGAGUUUCCUGUUGAAAGACUACACUUCCCAGCUUCCUUUGCAGACUGUGAAGUCAUUUCUGCCCCUAUAGUGAGCCACAUCCCAUCUUCCUCUGCAGGCAUUUGGCCAUCUGCCCACACGAAUGACAAGGCCCUUGUCUGUGAAUAAACAUGGUCCCACCUGGGUCAGACCAAGGGUUUUUUCCACCUUCAGUCUCUCUACAGUUGCCUUUUAAAAAUCUAACAGUACUACCUGUCCAGUUUCCCCACCCUCAAACUCCCCCCUCCCUGGCCAGAGGUACCCUGACCAGAGGUCCUCCACCCCCUCUGUGUACUCUAGACAAGGAUUUUGGGUUCCUCACUGAAAGUGAAGUGAUCACCAGGGAGUUGCCAGGUCUUCCUGAUCAAAUGAUGAUCAAAGCAUAGCUAUAUGAAGCCCAUGCCGUGAAUGAAGGACCUGCAGCUCCUCAGUCAACAUGAUAAUGGACAUAGCAAAGUCAUCACAUUAUCCCAGUAAAACAUAACAAGAAAGGGGUGCUGUAGGCCACUGAGUAUAAGGUAGAAAAUCUGCAACCAGCUAAUAUUUAAAACAAGUGAGGACCUAGAAAUGUCCAGGAAUCAAGAAUCACAAAUGCCACAGCAGAGCCUUGCCAAGGGGGAACUACAGGGCAGCCUGGGCUGGGAACUUUACACACUGUUCAUGGUCCUAUCACAGCUGGCCAGGAAGAUGGCAUCUCACAGUCCUAUUUCAGAGGAUGAAGCAGUUGUCACCUAAGAGGUGACCUCAAUGACUUCCAGUUCCGACCCCACCCAGGGGCUUGGAGGCUGCAGAAGCUAGCUGGGGUGCUAGAUGCUCAUCUCUGAGCCUGCCUCAGUUCCUGUCCUCUCUGAAAUGCUGCUUCCCAGGGACACCCGUGUGGGUCUGCUUACAGCCUCUCUAUUCCUGGGAGAGUUCUUUUUUUUUUUUUUUUUUUUUUUUUGGUUCUUUUUUUCGGAGCUGGGGACCGAACCCAGGGCCUUGCGCUUCCUAGGCAAGCGCUAUACCACUGAGCUAAAUCCCCUCCCCCCCCCCCCAGAGUUCUUGAAUGGGUUUAUUCUGUAUAGAACUAUAUCCACUUCUAUGGGACUCAAGGCCUUCAGAGAUUUCUUGGAAGGCAAGGUUGAGGGACAGUAUAGGGUGCUGGGGAUCCAAGACCCAAUUCGACUCUUCUUUUUUUUUUUUUCUUUUUUUUUUUCAGAGCUGGGGACCGAACCCAGGGCCUUGUGCUUGCUAGGCAAGCGCUCUACCACUGAGCUAAAUCCCCAACCCCUCGACUCUUCUAAAUACACUCAAUAUGCCAGGCACAUGAUGCUAGGUGGUCACAUCUUUGUUGCCCACCAAAGCGACAACGAAAGUGGCCCCUGCACCACAGUCAAUGGUGCAAUGGCUGGUCACUCUGUUCCUCCGGAACUUCUACUAUCCAAAUUUUGCUUCCUUCCUUCCUCUCCCCACCCCUUUUAGAAGAAAGGUCUCACGUAGCCCUGACUGGUCUUACACUUCUGAUCCUUCUGACUCCACCUCACAAAGUGCUGGGAUUACAGGGGUACGAUAUUUCCGGCCACCAGCCCGUUCAGCUUACGGGCUGACCGCGGGCAGGCCCUGGACUUGCGCAGAGACACUGCAUCAGGACAACUGGGAUGUGGGCAGAGCAGGCGACCCAGCGACACCAGGGCGGGGCGGGGCGGAGCGGCCAAGGUCCCAGGGAGCCCGCAGCGCCCCGCCCCGCCGCGCCGCUCCUCCCGCGCCGCACCUUCCUCACCUCACCCUCCUCGCCGCCGCCGCCGCCGCCGCCGCCGCCGCUUCUAGUGGGCCGGCCGGAAGUGACGCAACGCGCAGGCGCAAACGGCGCGGGCCACGUGAUCGCCGGCGAACGGAGCGCAGCGAGGUCGGAGGCGCGCGAGGUCGGAGGCGCGCGAGGUCGUCCCGGAAACACGGGUGGGUGGGGGGGAGAAGGGAGGGGCUGCCCGGCAUCUCUGAAAAAGAAGACCGGCGGACGCGUCCCAGACAUUCAUUUCCCCGGUCCUGUGCUUGCCAGCGAGCCCCAGCAUACCUGGCGAUGGUUUUGUACUGGACUGCGCAACAUCAGUCACCAUCACAGCUUGGGAAUUAUGUUUAUUGAAAAAGUAAAAAGUAUCACCAUAAAAAAAAAAA